UUCUUCCUCCUGGACGUUUUUACGACAACGUAAACGGGUCUAUGACAAAAGCUACCCGUGAGGAAGUGGUCCCCGAAACAUGUCUCGUAUCUCCCGGGUUAACAUGCGGAAUAUGACCGGGGAUGGGAAUCUCCCUGCCGCCUGAACCAGCGGUUUACUGUACUGCAGCGAGUCAACUAGCUAGAGCGUCAAGACAAACAGAGGUGACAGGCGGGCUCUUUAUUUAUUCAAGAGAAGAUGGCGGAGUUUUCGCCCGUCCUGCCGAUGCGGGAUGGAGGAGGACGGUUUGGCCAACCCAUUUUCUCUCGGUCCAGGUCCGGGUCCGAGUCAGAGAGCGAACUGUCCCAGAGCCUGGCCCGGACCAAGAUCCGCUCGUACGGGAGCACAGCUAGCGUCACGGCUUCUCUGGGGGAGAAAUACAUAGAGCAUCGGGUUACAGACAGUGAUACCCUGCAAGGGAUUGCUCUCAAAUAUGGUGUUACGAUGGAGCAAAUCAAGAGAGCCAACAAGCUGUUCAGCAAUGACUGCAUUUUUCUGAAGAAUAGCCUCAACAUCCCUGUGGUGUCGGAGAAGCGCUACAUAUUCAACGGACUGUCUCUGGAGUCUCCUGAUGGGGACAGUGAAGCAGCAUGCCAGGAGGCAGAUACACCUUGUGUUAUGUUGCAGGAUAUCGAGGGACCCUCGCCAGCCCCAUCCCCGCCCCCGGAGAACUCCAAACGCCCCCAGCCAGAGGAGCUGUCAGCCAAAGACUUCUUACACAGACUGGACUUGCAAAUUAAACAAUCAAAACAGGCAGCACGCAGGCUGAAAGAAGAGGAAGUAAGGAACAAUGAGGACUACACAACCCCAACAACGUCAUAUCAGGAGAUAUAAAGGACCCGUUUGUUUACUGCACGCGCACCCACACACACACACACACACACACACACACACACAACACAAACCACACACAACACAACCCACACAAACCACACACACACACACACACACACACACACACACACACACACAACAAUGCUUUUAUUUCCUCUUUACCUUUUUCCUUUACCAAACCAUGUUGAACAAAAGUGUUUGCUUUUUAUUUAUUGAUAUGCAAUUAUUAGAUGUAUGGUCGUUUUGUUUUUUUCUUCUUGGAGACGGAGGUGCGUCUGAUAAACAUAGCAUCUGAGCGCACGUGCUCAACUCAUCAUAUGCUUCUGAAGCUGCUGUACAGAACCCACCUGCUACACACACACACACACACACACACACACACACACACACACACACACACAA